ACACGUAUUUAAUCUCAUGCCGAUUUCAUAGAAUAUUUACUGUUUAUACUCAUCGUCUGACCCACACAUCAAACCCUCGAAGAUACUUCAAGAGAGUGACUACCAGAGAGAAAAAUAGCCGCUUUCAACCCAGAUCUAAACCAUUACAAAAAUCUUACUAUACACACGUCCCUCGAAGAAAGGAAAAUGUCCGACAACGUCUCCGGCGCCGCCAAAACAGUCACCUCCACCCUGGGCAACGCCUUCGGCGGCGUCUCUCGCACCGUCGGGGGCGUCACGGGCGCAGCGGGCCGUGGCAUCGGCGACACCAUCAACAGCACGACGGGCAGUAUGGGCAAGCCGGUGGGUAAUGCCGUGGGGAGUUUGGGGAGCGGGGUGGAGGAUGGGGCGAGCAGGGUCGCGGGGGGGAUUGAGAAUGCGGGGAAGUGGAAAUAAUUUUUAUUUUCCUCAUUUUGGAUUCAAUGUCAUAUGUUGUAAAUAGUCUUAUUUUUAUUCACUACUUGUUUAUUGAGCAUGGUGUGGGUGUCGAUUGAUAGUAGGAUGAAGGUGGACUGUCCGGUAGAUGUAUUCUUGUUGAUCCAGAGGAUAACAUGCGGAACUGUUCUGAGAUUAGUUCACACACUACUUACCGAUAAGCCACAAACCUCAAUCACUAUCUAGAGAGACCGAGUUUAUAGCAACCGUUUGAUAGAUUAAA